ACUGCGCAGUCGCAGUUUCUCCAGGACGCAGAGAGCAGAAGAGGCAGAUAGAAAAAUGGCCCUCGAUAAUUUAAUUUUCGGCCAGUGCAUCCUUUAUUUUUUAGCUUUCGUAUUUGGUUUCAUAGCCGUGGUUCCUCUGUCUGAAAACACGGAGGAUUUUGGAGGAAAAUGCCUUCUCUUCACUCGGGGUAUGUGGCAGAACGAAAACAUCACUGUGUCGAAGCAGCGCUUCAUCGUGGAGGAGUGGGGACCCGAGUCCUCCUGCAGCUUCAUCACUUUUGUCGGGAUAGCGUCCCUCAUACUUUCCGCAGUGCAGGCAUGGAGGCUGCUGUUCUUUCUGUGCAAAGGACACGACGACACGAUCUUCAACGCCUUCCUCAACCUGCUGAUCAGCUCCCUGGUGGUGUUCACAGUCUUCCUGUCCAGCACCAUCAUCAGUGUGGGUUUCAACAUGUGGUGCGACUCCGUCACUGAGGGUGGGACCAUGCCCUGUAGCUGUGAGGAAAUGCAGGACACUGAUCUAGAACUCGGCCUGGACAACUCUGCUUUCUAUGACCAGUUUGCUAUAGCUCAGUUUGGCCUGUGGGCUGCAUGGCUCACCUGGCUAGGGAUCGCAGUGAUGGCCUUCCUAAAGGUCUACCACAACUACAGACAAGAGGACCUGCUGGACAGUCUGAUCCACGAGAAGGACCUGCUGCUCGGCCGCUCCUCACGCCGCAACUCUGACCUCAAGACCGGCCUGAUCUAGAAACCAGAGGCCACACAAACACACACACACACACACACACACUCAACCGUACAGUCCUCUUGCCUGCCAUGAGAAACACCAAUGUUUGCCUCUGUAGACAAUCAAAUUGGCUUUUGCUCCCAUUGAUCAUGGAUUGAAUCAAACGGAAGGUUUUAGCUUUGUUCUCCAAAGGUAAUUGAUUUUCCCUCCAAAAAUCUCCCAAUGGUAGUUAAUCCUUGAGGAAUCUAGCUUUAUUGUGUUAAUUCUGUGUGUAUUCCUC